AUGAAUAUCCGCUUGUCUUCCAGAAACUUGACUUGGCUUUCUCACCUCUCUUCCCUAAAAUACCUUAAUCUCAAUUACGUGGACCUUAGCCGCACAGGAGCCAGUUGGGCAUAUGAUAUUAACAUGCUUCCUUCAUUGUUAGAGUUACACUUAUCUUCGUGUCAAAUUGAAAGCAUUCCACUCUCACUCCAAAGGGUUAACUUGACAUCACUUUUGAUCCUUGAUGUGUCGGAUAACAUUAUUAAAUGUUCUUCAUUUCCCAGUUGGUUUUUUAAUCUUAGCAACCUCAUGACACUUGAUCUAUCGUGGAAUAAUUUCAGUAGUCCUUUUCCAAAUGAAUUUGCAAACUUCAAAUCUCUAGAACACCUUGAUUUAUCUGGAACAGGCUUAAAAGGUCAAAUUCCGAAAGUCAUUGGAAAUUUGUGCAAGCUAAAGGUCCUAAGGCUUUCUGGCAACAAGUUUGAUGGUGGGGGGAUUGAAGAGUUUUGGAGGAGUGUCUCAAAUUGUCCAAAUAAUUCAUUAGAGUCGCUAUAUUUGUCUUAUUGUGAGCUGGAAAGCCAAUUGCCUGCCUCCAUAGGAAUGUUAAAGAGUUUGCAGAAUCUCAACCUUGGUGGAAACUCUUUGGUCGGCUCAAUUCCAGAUUUCAUCGGAAACUUGUCAUCUUUGAAAUCAUUGUACCUCUAUUCUAAUAAGAUGAAUGGUUCCAUUCCAAAAAGUCUGGGACAACUCUAUGAGCUAGUUCACCUCGAUCUGUCUUAUAAUUCAUGGGAAGGUACUCUAACGGAAGCCCAUUUCAGAAACCUCACGAGAUUACAAGAUUUUCAAGUAGGAAUUCAAGUCAUAGACCCACCCAUGUCCCUCAUUUUUGACGUGGCUUCUGUUUGGGUUCCUCCUUUCAAGCUCCUGUCAAUUGCGAUCAUAAACUGUCGGGUAGGUCCUGGUUUUUUGGUAUGGCUUCAAUCUCAAACUGAACUGAUCGACAUCGCUCUUCGUGGUAUUGGAAUCUCUGAGGAUUCGAUACUAGAGGAAUGGUUGUUGAAGAUGUCUUCCCAACUCAAAUAUUUGGAUUUAUCUAACAACCAAUUACGUGGAAACUUUCCAUCCCCUUUGAAAUUUCCAAAUUUAGAGUAUAUUGAUUUGAGUCAUAAUCAGUUGGAGGGCCCACUCCCACUUUGGCGGUCCACUAGUGUCUAUUACCUUGAUCUUGAAAGCAAUCUAUUCUCCGGGCCAAUUCCCUCCAAUAUUGACCAAAUGAUGCCCAAUUUGGAAAUUUUGUCCGUAAUGAGCAAUCAAUUUUCUGCGGAAAUGCCUCAUGAGUGGAGUGUGGGAAGCAAAAUUUGGUUUCUAGAUGUUGGUCACAACAAUCUCUCUGGUAAUAUUCCCACUUCUUUGGGGGUAUUAAGUUCACUACAAGUAUUAAAGCUCAACAACAACAAUUUUGGCGGUGUAAUUCCUGAUUCCUUGCAAAGUUGUUCUAGUUUGAGGAGUCUUGAUCUUGGACACAACAAAUUAUUUGGGAACAUACCUCUAUGGAUAGGAGGAUCAAAUGUAUCCUUGUUGUAUAGGCUACAGUUACGAUCCAAUGUUUUUACAGGACAUAUUCCCCAGCAACUGUGCAAUCUUCGGAACCUUCACAUCCUCGAUCUUGGUCACAACAACCUUUCAGGUACUAUUCCCAAGUGUUUUUAUAAUUUAACUUCACUGGUCAACAAUAAUUCUAAUGCCUUCAGUAUGGGUUAUUUUGAGCAAGCCACACUGACACUAAAAGGAGUAGAGCUUGUGUACAACGUGACUCUAAAACUUGUAAAGAGCAUUGAUCUUUCAUCAAAUAAUUUACAAGGUGAGAUUCCUGAAGAAAUAAGCAACCUCAUCCUGUUGGGCACCCUGAAUUUGUCCAUGAAUCAAUUGACUGGAAAGAUCCCCUCCAAUAUCGGAAACUUGCAUUUGCUCGAAACUCUUGAUUUCUCGCACAACCACCUUUCAGGACAUAUUCCUCAAAGCUUGUCAUCUUUAACCUUUUUGUCCCACUUGAACUUGUCUUAUAAUAACUUGAGUGGAAGAAUUCCUUCUGGAAGCCAACUUCAAACGCUCAAUGAUUUGUCCAUUUAUAUGAACAAUCCAUCGCUAUGUGGCAUUCCUCUCCCAACUAACUGCCCUGGAGAUGACACUUUCCCAGCUAAGGAUGCGAAUGACAAGAGUGAAGAUGGAAAUCAUGAUAAGUUGUGGUUCUAUGUCAGCGUGGUACUUGGCUUCAUAGUAGGUUUUUGGGGCAUUUGCGGAACAUUGAUCUUAAAGACAUCGUGGAGAUAUGCCUAUUUUCAAUUCUUUGACAACAUCAAAGAUAAGGUAGCACUAGCAAUUGUAUUAAAAGUGGCUUGUUUCAAAAGACUUUUUUCUGAAGUUUGAUAGUACUAUGUAUAUGUGAUGUUUUCCCCUUUCUACGUUGUAUUUUUGGUACUUGCAAUUUAUGUAAUAAAUAAAGGAAUUGUAUCCAUCUUUCAACAGAUGUUUCCACAAGCAACUUUAUUUAUUCUGAUUUUAUCAUGUGUAAAAACCUUGAAUUAAUAAAAACUAAUGAUUUUUAUUUCUACUAA